AUGGUGACAGAAGAGGAAGAAACGAAAAUACCGUCGCCAUCAUUUGCUGAUGUUAAUGCGUCGCCGUGCAGUCCGACGUCGGAGACGGAAAACAUCGACAUGCCGUUGGCGGCGGAUGCUGGCGACGACGAUGGGACGAAUAUUCCUCCGAAUAAAACGGAGAGUCGCCGGACCCGCUCCCCCAAAAAGCCCCGCAUGUGCCACUCUGCUUACGAUAAUCCCGAAAUGGUGGCUCGUCUGGAGGCCGUCAUUAAUGUGAACCCGUACCAGUACGCUGCGGGUAGUGCGGAGCGCAAAGACGCCUGGAACGCCGCUCUCCGUCUCGUGGGCCCGACCACCGCCUACAAGACGCGUUCCGCCUUCCGGCACCUCAUUCGGGACUGUCUGAAGCGGGCACCCAUAACCGCGCUGCAGUUUAACGACGCCGCGGGGCCGGUGUUCCAGCGCUACAUGGAACUUCUGAACACCCUAAUUUUCAUGGAGAAGGCCAAGGUGCACAGCGUCGGCAGUCCCCAUUCGGUGUCCGAUGAGACAUUGCGGCGGAGUGGUGACGCGCGCAAACCGGUGACGAAGCGGUUGCAUGCCUGCACGGUGUGUAAAGUCUGCUACGAGUCGGCGGAGUUGUUGGCGCUGCACACGCGUGGACAUAAUCCCACCAAGGUGAAAGAGAGCGGCGAUACCACGUGUCCGGCGUGUCAGAAGAAGUGCGCCACGGUGGCCGCGCUGAUCGCCCAUGUGGCGGAGCACCGGAAGGCCUACCGUCCGCGGCAGGAGUGUCCGGAUUGCGGGCUGUUUAUUAGCGUGUAUUCCUUGGAACAGCACAUCAAGGCAAAACAUCCGGAGAAGCCAGACGAUCCGACAUCGAAAUUCGUGUGCGGGGAGUGCAAGAAAGAAUUUGCAUCGGAGCCAAGUUUGCGGAACCACGAUCAGUCCCACCGUUUUCUGCGCUGUCUGUUCUGCGCCCAGCUGUUCUCCACCGGGACAGAACUGAGUCAGCACGCGGUGCAGCACCGACAAGCCGCGGGCUUCAUCUGUCCGCAUCCGAACUGCCCCAAGACCUUUGACGUGUAG